AAAAGAUGGAACAUAGAAGUAGCUCUCAGCUUCUUGUGUCCAUUACACUCUUCAGCGUUCUCUGUUCACGGGCACUGACAUUACCUCCUUUGGGGACAUUCUCAGCUAUGAGACUGGGAAACAGAAUGCCAUUUGAUGGAGCAAAUGAACCUGAUCAACCCCAAGGUUCAUUAAAAGCUGAAACUGACAUUUUGCAAAAUACUCUGCCUGAACAUGACAAAUAUUAUUUGGAUGUAUCCAGAGCUAUGGAUAGAAAUACCCGACAUGCUGAUGGACUUUUCACCAGUGGCUACAGCAAACUCUUGGGUCAACUUUCUGCAAGAAAAUAUCUGGAAUCACUUAUUGGAAAACGAGUUAGCAACAACCUCCUGGAUGAACAGAUGCCUGUAAAACGCCACUCUGAUGCUGUGUUUACUGACAACUACAGCCGUUUUAGAAAGCAAAUGGCUGUGAAAAAAUAUUUAAACUCAGUUUUAACUGGAAAAAGAAGCCAAGAAGAGCUAAACCCCGCCAACCUUCAUGAUGAAGCAGAACUGCUUGAACCCUUUUCAGAAAACUAUGAUGAUGUUUCUGUAGAUGAG